AUGUGUCUCUGGCACCUCGCCGGCGACGGCGUGCGGUGGACAGACCUCCGCGCCACCCACCAUUCUGACAACUGCCUGACUUUGCUGAAUGCACCUUAUGUUUGGAGUGCUCUUCUCGUUUCUUCUAGGGGCCGUCAGCUGAAGGCCUUCAAGGUGUCAAUGCAUAAACUUCCGGUGAAAGACGGAGGCCGGAAAGGCUUUCGAUGCCUGACACCUGCCUCUUGGGCGGCUAAGCUUCGAGAACGUCAGCUUCACAGCUGCUUCCCGGCUCGCUGGCUUCUCAUGGCAAUGUGUGCCUUGCCGGCGAGCAAGCCACAAGCCGUGCCACAGCACACCCACACGUGGCCGUUGUAUGCUGAGCUACUGCCUCGUUGCCGGCGCAGGACGGGACUGCCUCUUCAAGCCUGCGAUGUUCCCAUCCUGCGCCGCCGGGUUGCUGUGCGAGACUUUGGGGCCCUGACAGCAAGCAGCUUCCGGAAAGGGAAGCACCCCGCGGCAAAGAACCUGCGUGCAUCUCUUCCGGGCCCCGUUGUGCAAGAUCUCUGCACGCUGCAGGACGCCGCCGUGUGCGAAGUUAAGCUACUUGGUAGGUCUAAGGUGGAGUUCUCAAAGACUGGGAUGGCAAACUGA